UCAUUCUGGAUGAUGCUGGGCAUCAUAAUAAUGCCAACCGUCACCAGUUGUUUUUCAACUCACCCACUUUUAAUGACCGAAGUAUUCAAACGGAUUUUCAUCCGAAAGAGGUAUGAAAAUUUGGUGAGAGCUCUCCAUUUUGUAGAUGCCGACACAGAAAACUCAGAUCGACUAAACCGAUUAAGACCUAUAAUAUCACAUCUAAAUGAUAAAUUCCAGUCUAAUUAUGUAUUAGAUAAAGAUAUUUGCAUAGACAAAAGCUUAACGCUUUGGAAGGGGAGAUUAGAUAUAAAACAGUACAUAAGGUCAAAAGCUUCGAAGUUUGGGAUCAAAACUUUUGAAUUAUGUGAGAGUGUCACCGGCUACCUUUGGUCGUUUAUUGUGUACACAGGUAAACAAUCCUCAGCAGAAUUAGUACAGGAACAUGGUGUGCUUAAAAGUACAGCCGUUGUUAAAAAACUCAUGGCACCUUUGCUUAACCACUCAACGGUUCGACGCCUCCUGGAGGCACUCAACGGUCAACACUCAACGGUCGGGCGCGCUCAAAACAUCCUUACGUGGUCAUUGGUUUGGCCUCUCGCGCGUACUCCCGCUCGCGGGCGCGCAAUCGGCUUGUAAUGAAGAUUUCUCAAAAAUGGCAAACACUUAUAAAAAAUAAA